AUUGUUGAAUCAAUUCACAAGUCUCAAGUCUAUAUAUCAGGUUCAACCUAUUCUCUACCAAAACCCACCAACAUCAAGAAAUCAAAAAGUUCGUGUCACAGAGAUCGAAGAAGAUCCGGAGGCAAACGAAGGGCUGUAUCAAAGAAGAAAUACUGACCGAUCAAGAUAAAUAAAGACUGAGUGAGAAUGGGAGAUUGCAGACCAUUAGGUUUCUUGCUGGGAUUGCCUUUUGCUUUGGUUGCAUUGGUCCUAUCUGUUGUAGGUUGCGUCAUCUGGGUCUUUGGUGUUUUGAGUUGUUUGUGCCCAUGUUGCUGCUGCGUGGCUGGACUAGCGAACUUGGCAAUGUUUCUUAUCAAGCUUCCUGUCAAAACAUUGAAGUGGUUCACCGACCAGAUCCCUUGUUAAAACAGAAAGAUGUUAGAAACCACUAGAAGGUUCAUUGUAGAUUUUUACAGAACUAUUUGUUUCAGAUUCUUUGGAAAUUUCUUGCUUUGUAAAUUGUAAUUGCGUACAUUAUUCGACCUCACUUCCCCAGUAUGGAAGGUUUAGAA